AUGAUAAAUAUAGCUCAAUUAAAGCGUCGACUGAUUUUAUGCUUGUUCUUGACAUUCGGGUUAGCAGUUAUAAAAGGAUAUCUUCUUUACAUCAAAUCCAAAGAAGUUUGCAAUGAAAACAUCUCGCUCUCAAUUUGUGCAAUCAAACCAACUUACGGACUUGAUGAUACGUUUGAAUCUCUCGAUAAAAAGAAUGUUGUUCGCAAAGCAGAGGUAAUAGCAAGCAAUUACGGAAUGGUUAUGCUGACCUUCAUGAAUAAAGCAUUUGUUCCUUUUCUUACCAACUGGAUGUGCCAUACUAAAGAUUUGGUGAAUCACUCUCAAGUGUUAGUUGUUGUAACAGAUGAAUCAGUUUACAGGGGCAUUGUCACUAGGUAUCCGUACUUAACCGUUAUGUACUUGAACGCAUUCAGUGAAAUUAACGGGAAACAAAGGUACUGCUCUGCGGGAUUUUUGCGUGUCGGGAUAUACAGAAGUAGGAUCGUUAAUUGGAUUUUACAGGAAAAUAUUCCUCUUUUUCUUUUUGAAUUAGAUGCAUUGUGGUUAAGAAACCCAGUUCCUUUUGUGACAAGCAAGAAAAACUAUGACUUAACAAUUAUACCGUCCUAUGCCAAAACAUUCGAAGCAGCCAUUGGGUUUUAUUUUAUGAGAAAUACGACUCGAAUGAAAAUGUUCUGGAUGGAAUUCGUUCAUCGUCUGGACGCAUUAGAUACAAUGUUUUCAUGUUUAGACAACACAGCUCUUGUAAGAUCUAAAGACAAUGAUCAGAUAGUCUUGAUGGACCUUAUUCUAGAACAUUACCGAAACAUAGUUAUCUACUUUUUACCACUGAACAGGUUUCUUGAUGGGAAGUGGUACAAAAAUCCUAAUUUGGAACAAUUAAAACACGCUUUUAUUCUUAAUUUCAAUUUUAUUAUCGGAAUUGAUGAAAAGAUAAUGAGAGCUAAAAAAUUUGGACACUGGUUUGUCGCAAGUGAUGGCGUGACGUGUCUACAUUACAUACGCACGGACACGUAG